AUGGAAGACCCUCGUAGAGGAAAGGAUCUACAGAAGCAAGGAAUGGAAGAGAAGGGAAGCGAAGAAGUGCGUUAUCGGGGAGUCCGAAGGAGGCCAUGGGGGAAGUUUGCUUCUGAGAUAAGAGACCCUUCAAGGCAAGGUGCUCGUCUGUGGCUUGGUACAUUUGAUACGGCUGAAGAAGCUGCAAGGGCUUAUGACAGAGCUGCUUUUAAUUUAAGGGGUCAUCUUGCCAUACUCAACUUUCCAAAUGAGUAUUAUUCUCAAGUUAUGGGCUCUCCUCCUCAUCCUCCUAGAUUCUCAUCAUCAUUUUCUUCUUCUUCUUCUUCUUCUUCUUCUUCUUCAUCGUCUUCUUCUUCUUCUUCUUCUGCUGCUGCUGCUGCUGCUGCUCCUGGUGGAAGUUCAUCUACUGGACAAGGAAGGCAAGUCUUUGAGAUUGAGUAUUUGGAUGACCAGGUGUUGGAGGACCUUCUUGAUUCUCAAGAGGAGAAAAGCAAAUGGAAGUGA